AUGGUCAACCGUCUAUGUACUAACCAUGUUAAGUGCUGCUUACUUUCAAUAAUCGAUCGAGUACCAGAGUGCUCUAUCUAUCUAUCUAUCUAUCUAUCUCGUCCUGUUUAUAUCUAUCUCUAUCUCAUUCUCCGCAAUACAGUCAACCAGAAUCCCACUGUUCCUCGGAGCUCCAUUUUGCUCCAGCUUUCCUCCCACGACAAAAUCAGCAGCACUUCCACAGACUCACGAACACCAGCCUCCCCCAGAACGCAAAGCAGUGGAACCAUCCUCCAUCCAACCAGAUAUCAAUCCUUCAUAAAGCCUCCCAGACAGUCUUACUGCAAGGAUCUCCAACUUUCUCCUAUUUUCCUUUCUCUCUUUCUUUUCUCUCUCUCUCUCUCUCUCUCUCUCUCUCUCUUUAUUUAUCUAUUUAUCAUUCUUUUUCUUACUCACUCGGAAUCUGUCGAAGAAUGA